AGGCAGGUAGAGCGGCUAUCCAGCGCUGAGAGAGCCACACACCCUGCACCUAUACACUACUUUACCUCACCCUUCUGUUCAUCUGCACGUUCACACCCCGUCCGUCCGGAUGAGUUAUCCUAUAGACACUAUAGGAAGCCCUUACCGCAGGGCGAUGGACACCAGGACGAGCUACUCGAGCCCCUCCAGCGGGUUUCGCUCCCAGACCUGGUCGCGGGCAAGCCCCAGCUCUUCUUCCUACAAGAGGUCCUUCAACGUCCCGGUGGCGCGAGCUUACGGCUCAACAGUGCUGAGCUCCACCGACAGCCUCGAUUACACCCAGACCUCCAUCCUCAAUGGAGACUACAAGCGCUCCAACGAGAAGGAGCAACUCCAGGGACUCAACGACCGCUUUGCCGGCUACAUCGACAAGGUGCACUUUCUGGAGCAGCAGAACAAGCAGAUCGAGGCGGAGAUCCAGGCACUGCGGCAGAAGCAGGUGUCGCAGUCUCAGCUGGGCGAACUUUAUGACCAAGAGCUACAGGAGUUGCGCUCCAUGCUGGAGCAGAUCCAUCACGAGAAGGCGCAGAUCCAACUGGACACCGAGCACAUCGACGAAGACAUCCAGCGCCUCAGGGACCGCUUCGCCGAGGAGGCGCGCAUCAGGGAAGAGACGGAGGCGAUUGUCCGUGCCCUGAUGAAGGACAUGGGUGACUCAGCACUCGUCAAAGCCGAGCUGGAGAAGAAAGUGCAGUCCCUGCAGGACGAGAUCGCGUUUAUCCGCAACAACCACCAAGAGGAGAUGAACGAUCUGUUGGCGCAGGUGCAAGCGUCGCAGAUCACCGUGGAGAAGAGGGACUACCAGAAGGCGGAUAUCACCGAAGCGCUGCGGGAGAUUCGCUCGCAGCUGGAGGGCCACUCGACGCAAAACCUCCAGCAGGUGGAAGACUGGUUCGUGUGCCGCUACGCGAAACUCACGGAGGCCGCCGACCAAAAUAAAAGCGCCAUCAAAUCCGCAAGGGACGAGAUCGCAGAUUAUCGCCGCCAGUUACAGUCCAAAACCAUCGAGUUGGAGUCUGUCCGAGGAACCAAAGAGUCUCUGGAGAGGCAGCUGAACGACAUAGAGGACCGACACAACAAUGACCUUGCCAGCCUUCAGGUACAAAAUCGCAUGCUCUAA